CGCAUCUUCGGGUAGAACUAACACCGCGCGUAAGCGAAGGCGGCGGCAUUGUGCUCCCCGAGUGUUACCUGAAAAGACAGCGAGCCUCUGUUUCUCACCCUAUUCGCUCGGGUUCUAGGUUUUACGCUUUUGUUGUUUUUCAUAUUUUGUUGUCAAUCGCAUAUUACCUGCGCGUUUUCUCGGGACAGGGGGUGGGGGAAUGACAAUCCCCGACACCCCGUGCCUAUUUCUCCUGCCGUAAGGCGCGCUUAACAGGAUGCUCUCUCUGCGGAGGGGCGUCGAGGGCCGACCCCCGGCCUCGGUUCUUCUUUGGGCAUUUCUCUGUGCGACCCUUAUCGACAUUAAUGCGAGCGUACCAGUGGACAAGUGUCCUCGCACCCUGGACUGCACUCUGGAGGGACGUCACUUCUGCCAGCCAGGAUCCACCCGCUGUGGCCCGUGCCUCGCCCCGUUUGAGGAAGACGAGGAGGGGAAAUGCGUGGCCAGGAAGAGGCGUGGCCAUUUCGGCAAGAUAAACUCUCGCCCAGAGCUGGAUGAAGAGAUUGACUUCCUGUCCUCUAUCAUCUCCAAACAACAAGGGUCAGAGGUCAAGCAAUCAGAACCUCCAAAGACCCACAAAUCCAAGCAAGAUGCCCCCAAACGGAAGACUGUUGCCCAUGUUACUGUUGCCCACGUUACUGUGGGGCUUCCCAAGACAACCAGCCCAGCGACUCCACCCCCCCAGACCGCAGCUUUGGAUCAGCCCGAGGCCCGGAUCAGUCCUGUGGCGGUCCCUGUCCCUAACCUGUCCAAGGACAGUCUUCUUGUUGUUAUGAUUGGUGUGUGUAUCAUCAUGGGAACAGUUGCCUUGAUCUUGGCCGGUGUUUGUUGGGUCAGAUUACAGAGGGAGAUGCACCUCGCACAGAAGGUGGAGUACCCAGCAUUCAACGUGAUGGCGCCCCACUCCUUUGACAAUACCCUGCCUGGUGAUAAGAAGCUUGCUCAGAGUGCCCAAAUGUAUCACUACCAGCAUCAGAAGCAGCAGAUGUUGUCCCUGGAGAAACACCGAGACGAGCCCAAGAUUCCCGAGUCAGGAACCACGUCGGACGAGGAGAACGAGGACGGAGACUUCACCGUGUACGAGUGCCCGGGGCUGGCACCGACUGGAGAGAUGGAGGUGAAGAAUCCUCUCUUUGACGAUUCCACUCUACACAUCCAGAGGAACCACAAGUAGCUCGCGCAGACACAAACUGCGCACAUGCGGACACGCAUGUGCACGUACACACGUGUACGCACAGACACACACACACAUACACACAUACAUAUGCACACACACACAUGCACACCCGCAUGUGCACACACACACACACACACACACACACACACGCACAACCACACCCCCCCCUCCACACACACACACACGCACACACACACACACACACUCAGCCUUUUCCAGUUCUUUCUGAGAUGCCUACCGAACCCCUGUCACGCCAGCCUCUCCAGAUGGGUCUACAUGGACAUUAACAGAAAAAAAUGAAUAAAUGAAUCUAUGGGGAGGAUAAGGGAGAGUGGAACUGCGUACACUCAGAGACACUUGGACACAGUGCCCCUAGUGGUCACACUAGGGGUUGCAUUUGAAGAGCUCUGUGGUUACCCUGCAUACUUCCUUAAUGUGGAAAACCUCCUUGAACCACGGGCAGUACCACCAACACAACUUUCUUUCCAUUUUUAUCCCUAUUUUGUUGGUUGCUUUUUAUGUUGCUGCUCGUGUGAGAUAUUUUUCUGCACCUGAGUUUAUGGUACCUGCCAUCUCUUCUGUAUUUUUGUCUAAUUGGCUAGCUUUCUCUCUUGCUCUGUCUUUCUCUCUCAGUCCUCUGUCAAUAACACAUUCACAAACUUAUGUCAACAGUCUCUCAGUUUCACCCACUAAUUUUCAGAUAUUCGCUCUCUCUCUCUCACACACACACACACACACACACAUAUACACACACUAUCACACAUUUACAUAAGCUUUCUCUCUUUCUCACUGUGUAAUGUGAAUUGUUUCCCAAACAGUGAAAAACUGGCCUUACUUGCUACCAAAGGGCAUGUUUCAUGUGCCCAAUCAUCACCCUGCAGUCAGUGCUGAGGAACGCUGUGUGAACAGCAGUCGCCUACACCGUGUGUUGUCCUGACAUUUUCAGUUAGAUCUCAGCUGCUUUGUACACCUUUCUCUCUUUAGCCAUACAGCAUAAACAUAAAUGUUGUUUUUUUAGGUUCAAACCCGGAUUUAGUUUUUCCCGAAUAUACGCAGCUGUAUUCUUGGGUGCAUGAAAGUAAAGGACAGGUUAAUUUUUUACUUCAUUCAAUUUUCUUUUAACUUUCAAGGCCCUCUUUGACCCACAUUUUAUUAGCCACACAGUUAUAGCAUCAGCCAUGUAAAACCCAGAAGCAGAACUGUCCCCUUUUUGCCAUGUGAAGGGUCAGCCUUCAUUAUAUGCAUAAGACCUCUGGAGUUACAUUCACAGAAGGAAAAUUUAAUGUUACAUGCCUGCCAUACAUGUGUUUUUUUUUUUUUUUUUUGUGGUUCUGUCUGCUGCAUUGAACUUCAUAAAUAGAGCCGGUCUGCAUAACUUCUGUAUGUCCUUAUCACCAAAUAGUGCAGUUUGGCGAGUUGGUAUUUUUGGCAUAAAAUGUGAUGGGUUUUAAUAUUUUUCAUAUACUGUAUGUUCACACAAUAACCCUUUAAGAGAUAGUAUGUAAUAGGCAUUUAUUGUAUCAGUCAGUAUGGUUUCUAUGCAUGACUUUAUUUAAAAAUUUACUCAGAAGAGGGAAUAUAUAUAUAUAUAUAUAUAUAUAUAUAUAUAUAUAUAUAUAUAUAACUAUUUUAUUAUAAUUAUUAAAUAUGGGGUCCAUGCUUCAGUUUCAUACUGCGUGAUGGUUUUGAAAUUUUGAUCAGAUGUGCUACAUGUUAAAUUCCUACUUGAAUUACAUUUUGAAAGAAUUCCAAAAUAUAUAUCAGAACUUGCAACUACAAAGCUUUAUAUUGUGUAAAUGUCAUAGAUUGUAUAUUGCUUGUUCCAGUUUGACAUAUGACUAUCAGGACCCUUUAUUUAAUGUAAAUACGUAAUGAUAAUAUUUAAAAGAUGGAACAUGUCACCGAUCUAUGUGUUUGUACUGUACAUACUUCUCUGUCCUGUGUCUCUGGUUGAUGUUUCAGGUUAAUUGAACCCUGUUUUUUUUUCUCUUUUCUUUUAUUGUUUUAUUUUGACUGAAGUCCUUUAAAAGAUGCAGACUUUCACUGCUCUCUCAGGAACACUGCUGAUAGUAGUGCCUCUCUACUGUUCUCUCUGGUCAGCCACUCACAUCUAUACAUAUCAUGCAUAAUCUGAAACUGGAUGCAGCCAUGGGGACUUGUGGAGCCUGACACAAGCGAUCAUGCAAACCUUGGUCUUUAGCUGGGAGAGCCAAUCGUAGCUGGCGAUGUGCCACGUGGACAGCAGCAGGCAUAGCUUUUACAAAGCCUGCAGCAGAAUAACCACAACACUUGUUGUCCUCUUAGUAAGGAAGAAAAUUUAGCAGUUUGGUGGGUUUGGUUGAAAUUACAAUAACCACUCUGUGUUCUGAUAACAGCCUUUGCUUGUAGUUGGUGUUAAAAUAUAAAUUAAUGUGGUGUCACAGGAAA